AUGGACUCUUUAAAACAGACGUUGGUCACACAAACAAGCGUUCAAUUUGUGUCCGUGGGAGAUCUCACGAUCGACAGGCCAUACCCAGUAUUGAAGAUGGUCAACCAGGACACACAGUACGGACAGACCGUCAUCAGCACGCUCGAAGGUGAUGCGGGGAAUCGCCUUGAGGGUAUAAUAUUACAGUAUGGACUCUUUAAAGCAGACGUUGGUCACACAAACAAGCGUUCAAUUUGUGUCCAUGGGAGAUCUCACGAUCGACAGGCCAUACCCAGUAUUGAAGAUGGUCAACCAGGACACACAGAUGAAGAAAUAUUAGAAUUCAACGGUAGAGUUGAUAAAAAUUUGAAACUCGUGUAUAAGGGUAGACGGGGGAGGGCUUUUAAUAUUACAUUCGUAUAA